CCAUUGUCGGCAUGAACGGCACCGGCAAAUCGAACAUCAUCGACGCGUUUCUCUACGUCCUUGGCGAAAAUCGAGCGCAUAAUCUGCGGAUUCGUCGCUAUGUUGAUUUGAUUCGCGUUAAUGCAGCGUCAGCAGAAGGAAGCACGCCAGCUGCUAAGAGUUGUGUUGUUAAACUUAAACUACGAAAAGGCACAGAUACGUUGCUGUUUGAACGCUCUACCAACUCGGAUGGAUUAAGCACUUACAAAAUGGACGGCAUGACUAUUUCCUUCAAUCAAUAUUUGGAAGACCUGCGUGUAAUCGGCGCGAAUACAGCCGUGCAGAAUUAUUUCAUCCUGCAAGGGAACAUCCAAGAUGUCGCCAGCAUGUCUGAUAAAGCAAUGACGAUUUUCCUUGAACGCAUCUCCGGUUCGAUUGAAUACAAGAAAGAACACGAACGUUACAUGAAACUACAUUCAGAGGCGGUUGAAGUUGUUCUUAGGAACGAGCAACAAAGAAUCGCUUGAAGAAAUUCGAGAGGAAAGCGCGCAAACAAGUUGAAGCGCAUUUGAAGAAGACUGAAUUAGAAGAAAAGCUCGAAAAACAUCGCGUUUCCCUUGCGUUAUUCCUCAGUUAUCAAUUAUCCCAUGAAGUUGCGAACUGUAACAGUGUCUUGGAAGGUAAAACGCGUGAAUUUGAAACUUUGAAAAGUCAAAGGAAUAAAUUAGAAGCGGAUAUUGCGCAAAAACCGAAAAAAGUCGCUGAUGCACAGGGUGUUCUCCAACGCGCUAAUGACAAAAUUACUAGAUGUGAACAAGAUAUUGAGAGGAUUAGUAACGAAGUCGCACGUUGGAAGCAAGAAUUCGUCGCGUAUGUGUCGAACACAGAGAAUAUCAAAAAAGACAUCGAUCGGUUGAUAAAAUUACAAGAGUUAUGUCAAACUGAAUAUUUACGCAAUCAAAAUCUCUUGAAACAAACCAAGGAAAACGCCAAAAAAG